AUGCCGACAGAUCGAAGAGCCAACGGGGUGCGAGCCGAAACCUCGUUUGGUGGAGACGGGCGUGGUGGCAGAGGCGGCCGCGGCGGUGGCGGAGGAGGUCGUAGGGGCCGUUUGGGUGGUUGUGGAGGAGAGGGGGGAGGAGGGAGGAGGAAGAAAGAGUACAGCAGCGACAAUAUGCCAUCUAUAUGUUCAAGGUUCUUUGAUCUCACCACUGACAAUGUCACAGUAGGCAAGAUUGCGGUUCCCGGGGGGAGGGGUCCAGGAGGAACCCUCUCCAGAAAACAAAAGCGGAUGUUGGCCCGGUUUGGCCCUUCGGCUCGCAUUUUUCGUUCUAGAGCCCCUGAACAUCAGCCGCAGCAACAGAAGCAGCAGGUCAAGACCCUGGGCAGCGCCAUAGCUCAAGUAUUAGCUCAGGCCGAGACUGAGGCACAACCACAACCACAACCACAACCACAGGCAGAACCACAGGCACAAGCGCAGGAACAGGCACAGGAACAGGCUUACCAGUGGACUUACCAGCAGAAGGCUGAGGAAGGAGAAGAAAGUGAAGACAUUGGGUCAACCCCAGUCCGUGAGCAGCUGAGUCUCCUCUCCCGAGGCUGUAACAUCCUCAUCGGAACUCCUGGCCGCCUCAAAGACUUCAUCGGAAGCCCUGACAGACGAACUCUCCGCCGAGUUAAGUACAUGAUCAUCGAUGAAGCUCAUGAGAUGCUCAACCAGGACUGGGAGGAAGAGCUCCGAGCAAUUCUCUCUAGUGGAAAACAAGAUGAAGGCAACGUCAAGUAUAAUCUCUUUUCGGCCACUUUCCCUCGCGCGGCUCGAGCCCUUGCCAAGGAAUAUCCGUCCGCUUCUGACGCGCGCUUUCGCGUCGGCCGAGCCGGAAGCACUACCGAGAACAUCAAGCAGAUUGUCAUUGAGACUGGCCGAGAGAACUGGCCAUAG